AGACACGACAACUCACUCGCGUGCACGUCACUGUGAUCGAUGGUGACUCGAUUAAAACAAUCGAAUAAUCGGUUAUUGAAUUUAGUGAUGUGAAUGUUGUCAGUGUUUUAUAGUGCCGUUCGAAGGAUAUGUGCGUGUGAUAUUUUUAAGCCCAAUGUACCUUGAAAAUGUCACACGUAGCUGUUAAAUGAAAGAAGCGGUUAUAUUUACGAACUAUUGUCAUUUAAAUUAAACAUAGUAAUUGAGUGAAGACGUCAUCGCCUAUUGUGAAUCAUAGAUAGAGAAAAUUAUGUGGACAUAAAACAUCGUAGGAUAAGAAGUGAAGUUACUAUGUACACGUGUUCUGCGCUAAUAAGUUGUAUUAAUUAGGUACUUUAAGUACCAUGGAUGUGUAGCGUUGAAUGCUAAUGGUACAUAUGUAAAAGAAAACUAAAACAGUUUUUGCAAUAAAUGAUUGUGUGUAGAAAAUGUUUGCAAUUUAAACAGAAACUAAAAGCUGUCUUUUUAAAAUUCACAAACUAAACAAUGAUUUUGUAUUAUUACUCAGCGCAUUAAAUUUUAAUGGUAAUUAAAAUGGUACAGUGCUGACAUCUACAGCGAAUCUCAAGCGAAAAACACAAAGCUUUGGCUCUAUACGACUUUGUGAUGCGGCCAUAAAAAAAAAUGCGGGCUACUAAAAUGACGUCGCCUCAUUGCCGCAGCGUCACGCCGCCAAUGUCGCGGGCAUCUUCCACUGAGCUGACGUGUCCGCCGUCUCCUGACUUAUCGAGACAUCGGGGAAUAUCACCUGACUUAUCCCUGAGUUUACGAAGACCUUUAAGCCCUGAUUUGUUAGAACGCUACAGACCUUUAUCACCUGACCUGUCUAGACGAUCACGCUCUCCAGGAAGACAGAGGUCGUUAAUGGAAUCUUUGCUGGUGGCAAAAAUGGAGGCGUUAAGUACAGGGAAGCUGAUUAGGACGGAUUCCAUGGAUAGUUGCAGCAGUUUUGGCUCGAUGUCGUCGUUGCCCAGUGACGUGUGUAGGUGUGACGACUGUCUGCUCGGGAUUGCGGACUUUUACAUGCCGAGUCCGGUGGAAUCGAUGCGGACGUUGAAAAAGCAAUCGGAAAGAUGGCGCAAACUCCGCAACAUAGUCCAGUGGACGCCAUUCUUCCAGACCUACAAGAAGCAGAGGUACCCGUGGAUCCAGCUCGCCGGCCACCAGGGCAACUUCAAGGCUGGCCCUGAUCAGGGGACGAUCCUGAAGAAACUCUGCCAACAAGAGGAAAAGUGUUUUAAGUUGCUGACGAAAGACAUCCUCCGGCCAUUUGUUCCAGAGUACAAGGGCCAGGUCACAUGCGAAGAUGGAGAAAUGUAUCUACAACUCCAAGAUCUACUGAGUGACUUCGACUGCCCCUGUGUCAUGGACUGCAAAAUUGGAGUCAGGACCUAUUUGGAGGAGGAGUUGGCUAAGGCUAAGGAGAAGACUAAGUUAAGAAAGGACAUGUACGAGAAGAUGAUACAAAUAGACCCCAAGGCGCCGUCAGAAGAAGAACAUAGAAGUAAAGGAGUAACAAAACCACGGUACAUGAUUUGGAGAGAAACCAUCAGUUCAACGGCAACGCUUGGCUUUAGAAUAGACGGAGUUAAGAAAGCUGAUGGAACCAGCUCCAAGGAUUUUAAGACUACCAAAACAAGAGACCAGAUAGUUGAAGCAUUUAAAGAAUUCACCAGUGGAUUUCCUAAUGCAGUGCCGCGUUACCUAGAGAGGUUGAAGAGUAUUCGAGCCACGUUGCAAGAGUCCCACUUCUUCAAGUCGCACGAGCUAAUCGGCAGCUCGCUCCUCUUUGUCCACGACAAGAGACGAGCGUCCAUCUGGAUGAUCGACUUCGCCAAGACAGUGUCCGUUCCAGACAACGUCAAUAUUGACCAUAGCACCACCUGGAAAGUCGGCAACCAUGAAGAUGGUUACCUCAUCGGCUUAGAUAAUUUAAUAUCUAUCUUCGAAUCUCUAAUCAAAGACGGCAAUGGAAAUAUAGACCAGUGUUACGCUAAUCUUAGUUUAGACAAAGAUGUUAGACAGGACAAUUUAGCCACUUGAUCGGUAAUACUACAUCUCAUUAGAGAUCUGACUGUAUAUCAGAACGCAGUUUUGUGUUCCCCGGCAGUGCCAAUCUGCUUUGUACAUGACGCGAGUUAGAUUAUUCUAAACUAAGAAGUUGAUUAAAGAACUAUAUAGCAGGAAUUGAGUGUUUUCGAUUGAACAGAUAUGAUCAAAAUUUUCGCAAAUGGUAUUAAAACUCUUUCAAUUAAUUUACUUUAUAUUGAAUUUAAACUAUUGUUAUUGCCUUGCAGAAUGCAAAAAGUGUAAAUCAUUUUGUAUAUUGUUAUUUUGUAAAUAAGUUUUAGUAUUUAAAUUAUUAAGUUGUUUAAAAUACUCAUGUUAACUUUUAAGCUUUGCACCACCAAUAGGUUAAUUUAUUAAUAAUAUGCGAUUAACAAUUUAUGUAUUUUGAUUCAGUACAUUUAUUUUGCAUUACUUUCAUUAAUUGAGAAUUGGUUUGUGCAGUUUUGACUGUUUUACUAGAUUAGUAAGAUCUAUAUCAGGAUGUUCGGAUAAUAUUGAUGUGUUAGCAAACAUAUACGUAAUUUAUUCUGUUUGUAAUUUACACUAUAUUAGUGUAACACCUACAUAAAUAGUUGUCAAUUUGUUAUUGCCAAUAAAGGUUACGUAUACGGUGGUACUAAUUAAAAUUAUCACACAUA